GUUCGCUUGCGAUUGAUUUAUACGUACUUAACAUGGUUGAAGAGAACGCGAGAUUUAUUCGUGAUAGAGAGUUGACGUUAUUGGAGUAAACCAAAAUGGUCAUUGAUAAGGGAAUUGGGGAUAACGUGGUGCGAGCAUUUCACGAGGGUGUGAAAUGGAUGGGCGAUAAAUUCUUGUUUGGAAUCUUGUUUGGCCAGAUCAAGCUCAAUCGUUGUCAUUUAAGAUUUUUACUCGAAGGGAAACGAUUACUCUACUGACUAGAUAUUACUAGAUAUUACUAGAUAUUACUACAGUUAUAAUAUAUAAGUGUAGUCUUCGUAAUAAGUUAGAUCAGGUUACAUAAAUCUAAAAUGGAUUGUAUCGAUUUGUUACGAUUCGUCGUGGAAGGAAAUAAUAACAAUUUAUUGACUAACGAACGAAACUUACGUCAUCUGGCUAGGAAAUCAAUUGACAGCUUAUGUAAAACGAUUAUAAUAUAAUUUGCUCGAUUCUAUCAAAAUUUUCGCUCGCCCUCGAUUUUCUCGUCUAUUAAAACGAAGAAACGGCACAUUUCAUCGAGAAAUUCUCCCGUAUCUGUUAACACAGAGAUCGUACGUGGUGUUCGAAUGCGAAUUCCGAUUUACGAAUUUCCAUGCGACGUUCUUGGAAUUUCCAUUAGAGGGAGGCCUUAUGUACGCCUUAUGUACCAUUAUAUCCGGAAAAUAUCUAGAACCAGAGAGAGUAUGGUCUAUCCUCGACCGUAACAUUCCAGCUCGUUACCACGAGGCAUGCAAAAGUGGAAUAGGAAAGGCACAGAGAGAGAGAGAGAGAGCGAGAGAGAAAAAAAGGAGACGAGAAAACGAUUUCGAGGAGUUAGACGGAUAAUGGAGAAGUAUGCAGCCAGGGAUGAGGAUGGUCCUGGCCACCACGUUCUGGCUGGCUGUGCUCGUGGCGGGGACAGUCGGCCACCAUCCCGCCGGUCGCCUUAUCUUCGAUCAAUACUCCUCCCCCUUCGACCCGCACCAGUAUGGAGUUUAUCGAAGAGCCGGGGGGCAAGCGGACUGGAAGGAUCAGGAUCCUGUCGAGAAGAAUCACCCGUUCGACCCUUCGAUCAAUCCGCCAAGGUCGAUCACCAACACCGGCCAUGAUUUCACCGAGGAACAAAUCCACCACGGAAGCAAACAUCCCUCGAUCCCCGACCACCUCGACUCGCCUGAGAAGACCGCCUCCAAUCCCGAUCGAUCCCGCGAUCUGCCCAACUCGGAGCUGCCUGCCGACGACAAGCUCGUAGCUAAGAAAGGAAAUGGCGCGAAAUCUACGGAAAACUUAUCCAGAUUGUUCGAGGAGUCGUUCGUGGCCGACGACACGUUCCAGGACCAAGGCCCCGGCUCUCUCGAGAUAUACAAAUUGGACCUCCUUCGGGAGAGGCCACUCCUCCACGGCCACCAGGUGACCAUGUUCCCCGGGAGCAAGGGGAAGAGCAAAGUCCCAAAGAAGACGAGCCACGCGGCUUGGAAAACACCCGUGAAAACACUCGACACUUACAGGCCGCCCCCCGGCCUCCCGAUGCUCCUCCACAAACAGUCCAACUCGUUCGACGAACCGAGCACAGAGGUCCCCCCGAGCGCCGAUCUGUUCGGCGUAGGUGGCGUGCCUGAGUUGCAGGUCGGUUGCGAGGGCCUCGAGGCUGCCCACUACAAGGAGAGGAGAUCGAUAGACGGGGGGUGGGGCAAGGACAAGGCGAGGGAUCCCUGGAUGCUGGACGUGACGCCGAUAACCUUGGAUCUCGACUACGAGGGGGGCGCGGCUGGGGAGGAGGAGGAGGAGGAGGAGGAGAUGGACGAGCUGCUGAAGCUGAAGAGACUGGAGACAACCACGAAAGGGGUGAAGAGGAACAGGGGCGACAUGGACGCGAAGCUCCAUUCCGAGUUUCACUCGGAGAAAGGGGCCGAGAAGUUGCCUGUGCGCGGUGAUUUGGGCUCGAGCCGCGGCAACGGGUCGGGGCCUUAUCGAAGGGUGGAGGGGGGCGGGGUGGAUACCUUCGAGGAUGGCUCCUCGACGUCGUCCGGUCGAGGAGGAUCGAGUCGUAGGAUAUUGUGGACGGUGGAGGGAGGGUACAGAGAGGAGGGGGGGAGGCAGGGAGAUCGCGGGAAACGUGCGCUUUGGGGUUUCGGGGAGAACGAGGGGGUGGUGAGCAGCGACGAGUUGCAGACCGAGAACCAGAGGCGGAGGAUGUAUCAGGAGGAGAGGCGGAGGAAGGAGGAGGAGGAGGGGAGGAGGAGGGCCAACUCGGAAAUAGAGAGGAUCAGGGGGGAGUACGAGAGAAGGUUGGACGAGAGGCAGAGGGAGGAGGAGGAGAGGCAGAGGCGGUUGCAGGAGUCGAACAGGUGGCAGCUCGAGGCGGAACACAGGCGACGUUUGAAGGAGGAAGAGGAGCGGAGGAGGGAAGCGUUGGAGGCGUCUCGUGGAAGGUCGCGAGCAGUUGCUUCCCGCGAGGAGGAAGAGGCGAGGAGGAGGGGGAGGAAGGAGGAGGAGGAGGAGAUGGACAGGAGAAGAUUGGAGGAAAGGAGAAGAGAGUGGUUGUUGAAGCAGAGGCGAAUAAAGGAGGAGGAGGAGGAGGAGGUGAGGAGGAGAGGAAUGUCCAAUUUAACCUAUCCGAGAAACGUGACCGCGGAGAGGGAACGGCAGAGAAAGUUGGACGAGUACGUGGAACGGAAUCGACCGAUCGAGUUCCCUCCUCGUCAUCAUCAUCAUCAUUACCAUCAUCAUUAUCAGCAACGCCGACCUGACGACCCCUCGAUGAUAGAUCGUCGAAGAAAAGAGGAGGAGCGUAAAUUGCUCGAGUACCAGCUUCGAAGGAACCAGCAGGUGUCCAGGGCGAACGAUUCUUACGAGAGAAAUUUGGCGGAGCAGAGGAGGAGGAUGGAGGAGGUGAGACGGAUAUACAAUCCAGGAAAUCUAGGAAGAAGAAAUCACGGUCCAUCGGCCCCCACGAAUAUCGAUCCGAGGUCUCACGGGGAGGAGGCCAGGCGGAGGGAGGAGGCGGCGAGGAGGAUGGAGAAGGAGGAGGAGGAGGAGAGGCGGGCGAGGGAGGAGAGGAUGAGAGAGGCGGAGAGGCGAGAAGAAGAGGUACGAAGGAGGAUGUCUAGGUGGUACGAGGAGGAGAGGAGGAGGAGGGAGCAGGCCAGGCUGGAGGCGGAGAGGAUGGCGAAGGUGCAGAGGGAGGAGGAGGCGAGGAGAAGCGCGGCAGGAGGAAGGACGAGCGGGUACGAGGAUCGUAGACGAUUCGACGAUCAUAGAAGGAGGCAGGAUACGGGUCUUAUUCCGGCCUAUUUAGUCUUGAACAAGUCGAGGAGGCCCGUUGUUGAGCGCGCGAGACAAAGGCAGGAGGAGGUGGAGAGGAGGAGGCAGGAGGAGGUGAGAAGGGCGAAGGAGGCGAGAGAGAGGGAGGAGCGCGACAGGAUCAUGAAAGAGCAGUGGAGACGACAGGAAGAGGCGAGGUUGAACGCGUUGCCUGUGAGCGCGAGAAUAAUAGUCCAACCUCAAAAGCCUAAGGUGAUACCGAGGAUAGGAGAGUUCGAUUUCCCGGGAGCUAAUCCAUAUCAAGGUGGAGUACAAUUCCCCAACUUCCCAGCCCCACCCACUCGACGACCACCUGUACAAAGUCCCCCGCCCUGCGUCUGGGCUGUUAUCCAAUGUUGUCCAUCGAAUCAACGUCUGGUCACAUGUUUCGAGUCCUUGGGCUGUCCAGGUGUCAAUUGGGAUUCUAAUCCUUGCAGAGAUAGCGUCUCUCAAGCUGCUAGGGCACAGGUGGAGAAAUUCUACAGGGAAACCGAGGACGAGGACGACCGUUAUUGAAAGGAAACGAGAAAAUGUAGAUUGGUAGAUUCCAUAGAUAUUUUUAGUAUAUUUUGGUGAGGAGCAUUUCUGCGAAUGGGUCGAAAAAUUCAACCAUCAAAAUUUGGAAUUUAAAAAAUUUUUCGAUUAAAUAGUUAUUAAUUAUUGACGAACAAUAUCAACAAGUGGAAUUCGAUGAAAGAGUGAUUUUCAAAAUUUUAAGAGCAAUUUCGUAAAAAAAUUUUUUUAUUAAAAAGUAACCAUCAAUUAUUAGUAAAUAAUUGUUAUAUUAUAUAUAGAUGAAAAAUUUAAUCCAUUAGCUCUAUGAUAUUUUGAUAAUAAAAUCGUUAUGAAGGAAUAAUACAUACAAAUAAGGAAAAUGGAAACGUAAUUUCGUUUUCCAACAAGUUAUAACAUAAAGAAUUAUUAUUAUCAUAAAUUUUCGAUCAAAUUUUUAUUAAACUUGCAACUUCGUUCGAGAAGAAAAGUAAUUCGAUCUACCGAGUGCCCUCAUCAAUAUUUUUAAAUAACAAAAAUAACCUAUGACACGUUGGAAGAAGAGCGCCGCUUGUGUUCUUCGUAUUCUUAGAACGUAAAGACGUUUAUAAUACGAUAGAUCCGCUAUUUUUCUAUUCCGCUUCUAUCAGAUCGUCGUUGCACGACACGAGCCUUUUUAAAUAUAACAAAGCGAACGAUUGCGCCAACAAUGAUUUCGAAAUCAUCGUUGCAUUGUUCUCCUUAUGAAAUCGAUGGAUCAGAAAUUUGGCGAACAUUUUAAAAUUUUUUUUUUUUUCUUUUUUCUAGAAGUCGUUUCGAUCGCUCUUCAGAAUAUAAAAUAUUUCGCGAGAGUUUCGAAAUAUACAUCGAAGCGUGGAAAUAAAAACUUCGAGAAAAAGUAAAACAAAAAAAAAAAAACUCGAGCAAUUGUGAAAUGCUUUGUUAAAAUAUUCAAUGAAUUUUAAUUAUAAAAUAUAGCGUGCAGUAUUUGCCCGGAAUUUUUUCAGCUCUGAUGAAAGCUCAUUUCCUGACGAAUUAUAUUUCAAUACCAUCUUGUACGUACAUUUGCUAAAAUUUUAAUACAUCGACAUCAGUUCUCAUCGUGUGUUAAAAUUUAAUAUUCUGUAAUUUUCAAGCGUUUUACUAUCUGGCAAAAAAGAAUUAAUUUUAAUUGUUUAUUUAUAUACAAGAAAAGUAAUUUUCUUAUUCCAAAAUAAGAUACACAUGUUUACAAUAAUAACGUAAAAAGAAAAAAUGUAUAUAAGAAUAUUCGACACAAUAACAUCUUGAAUCAACUUUCGUGUAUUAUAUCUCGGAUAAAUCGGUUUGACCGGCUAAAUAAGCAAUAACAAGAUCCAUUAAAUCGUUCCAUGCCCUCGAUAGAAGGACCAAACGAAACAGGAAUCGUUCUGCUUUACAGAGCUUGAUACAAUUCCGGGAGGGAGCCAAUAUUCAACAGAGAGUAACUGAUCGUUUAGUAUUGGCCGGUUGCCAAUUUCGGUGCCGAGUCGGUAGCGUGUAAAAAUAUAGGUGUAAGAGAGAGAGGGAGAGUGAAAGAUACAUAGAGUAUGCGCGAAUGAGAGAGAGAAAAAAACGCGACAUAUGUUCACGUCAUAGACGCACGUGCUAUUAAGCAUGUUCGCUUUUUGCGUUUAACGAAUGUAGAGUUAUUAACUGUACGUAUUUUGUCUUUUUCCCUCUUGUACGUAGUCGUCGAGCUAUAUUACCGCAGCUUUCUCACAUGUGAUAUAAUAGAUAGGCUCUUAAUUAGCUGUAGCUGUAGUAGUACGUAUUUAUCUCUGUAAGAGGAAACGACAUUUGACGAGUAUUAUUAUUGCGGAUCGUGUCAAAAAUUGUUCCGAAAGUUUGUAUAUUUUUGAAAGGUGUAUUUUAGAAUUAUUUUGGAAGAAGGAUUUAUUUUACUAGCAAUAUUUGUGAAUUUUCUUUGCACUUCGUGUGUAUACAUAUAUAUUUGCACGAAAGAAAGAAAGUAUAAUGGAACGUGUAUAGUAAAUUGUGCAAGGAUAGUGUCAGGAUACUUUACUGCCGUUUCCUUAGUUAAAAGGAGAUUUUAUCUUUUUUCUUUGUAACAUUAUUGUUGGGUAAGAAAUGCGCAGAUUUUGAGUCUACAAAAGCACGUAGAAGUAUUUUAACUUUAUUUGAAAAGAAGCAUAGAAGUUCAAAUUAAAAAAAUUUCAAUUUGACACAUCAAUUUUGAAGACAUUUCAAUAUAAAAUUGUCCGAUAUAUGGAAAAAUAUUAAAUAGAAUAUUUUAAUUAAAGACUAUAGAUUUUCUAAAAAGCAUGCACAGAACUUUUUAAUCUUUUUUGAAUUUUGAAAUUUAAUAGAAUUUCAAAUGUUUCAAUACAGAAGAUUGAAAAAUAAAUAUUUCAAUAUUUCAAAAUUUUCCAGUAUAUGAAAAAUUGAAAAAUGGAAAAAUACUAUAAAACAUUUUAAUUAAAAUCACUAUAAAUCCCUAGAAAACGUAUAUUACAUACAUAAAAAAAGUGUAUAACUUCGAACAUUUCAAUAUAUGAAAAAUGAAUAUUUCAAUACGUAAAAUUUUUAUAAUAUAUAUAUAUAUAUAUAGAAAAUUGAGGAACAGAAAAAUUUUAAUUAAGGAAGGCAGUUUGGUCGACCAUUAUCCCAGAUGGAAUAUUUAAUUUCUUGUUCUGAUUGAUAUUUUAAACAAGGAUAAGAUCGAUAUUUUUCUACUUAUUGAAAAAAAAGAACGUGUAAAAAUAUAUGGUCGAAGUAAUGAAAAAGGAUUUCAGAGAUUCUUAGCUCGCUGUAACAUAUAUUUAACAUUUAACUAUGUAAUAUACGUAAUGAUUCUUUAUAAAUACGAAUAUCUAACGCAA